AUGACUUCGCUACCACGUGGAAUGGAACAUGUCGAUCGCCGCGAGCUCUAUACUUCCUUGCCUGCCAGGGUGACGUACCUUCAUGAGUUUCGGGUGUUUGGACCAGACGAUGUCGAGGCACUCAUCGAUAGCCAAGUAUAUAUCAAGACGAUCAUUCCAGCCAUCGUCAACAUGGUCUACAAAAAGCUUCUCAAACACGACAUUACCGCACGAGUAUUUUCGAAUCGAGACAGUCGCAGCGAGGAGAACCCCGACACAUUUGUAUCCGAAGAAAGCAGUGCGAUCCAGAAUCGAAAGAUGUUCCUCCGAUGGUAUCUCACCAAGUUGAAUUCGGACCCUAGUAAGAUGGAGUACUGGGAGUACCUCGACAAGGUCGGUUUGAUGCACGUUGGUAAAGGGCGACGCAACCCUCUUCACGUCGAUUAUGUUUUCCUCGGAGCUUGCCUCGGCUAUAUUCAGGACGCGAUGAUGGAGUCAAUUCUUUCACAUCCGAAGUUGCACCGUACGCGGAAGAUCGCGAUUAACGAUCUGCUGGCGCGAUGGCACGUACGAGACGGAGACGAAUACCUCGAUGAAGCGGAUGAGGAAAACAUCACAGCACAGGCACAAGAGCCGGAAGGCUAUCUGCAUGGCAAGAAAAUCUUGGGCGAUGGCCACUCAGACAGCGGUGCAGAUGACUCGUCGAUUCACACCAACGGCACGAGCAACACGAGCGGAAGUGGAAAGACAAGUCUUGGCCGAAACAUCGAAGAUAUCGAAGGAUCCCAGAUGCGCUGUCCGUUCGGUGGUCUGGCGAUCGGAGACCAGCGGGCAGAGAUGACAAGGCCGUCACUCAAAGGCAUGAUGGACGAGGUGAGGCAGCAUCCAUCGUCUCCAAGCGGGAUUCCCAAGCUCCGUCUCGUGGACAGGAAGACAGUCUGUAAGGAGAACUUGAAGCCGGACCCCUUUCGCUGA